AUGCGGUGGGGUCUAGAGCAGCGGGAGGGUGCCGGCCGAACAGCUGGGGGUCGGAGCAGGCCGCCAGUGCUUGCCGUGUUAUUGGUGGCUGCUGCCUUCCUGUUAUCUGUAAGAACCGAGCAGGCCCGGGAAUUCAGGGUGACCCGAGAGAGAAAGGCCCUAGGUGACCCGCCUGCGGCGGUCACUCCCACGGCCCUUGCGGCACCUUGGCGCUCGCUGCUGCAGUCUCCUGAGCUGGCAGCCGCCCCUCGCGCUCCCCAGGGCCCCUUCCUCGUCUCCAGUCCUGCUGCCCGCCCGCGCGUGUCCGUGCAAUCGCACUGGCUGGCUGCAGUUGAAAUGAAGGAGUCGGAUGAGAAGGAUGGUGUGCCGGAUGGCCAGUACCCCACGGGGGCAGGGAGCCCAGCAGGGUACGGCGCUAACGAAGCACUGCAGGAUGCACGGCAGGAGAAGAGGCCCUUCCACCCCGCAGACCGCGGGAAACCCUUUCUGGAGCACGCCACGCUUGCCGUGCACGAGCGCGUACACACGGGCCAGAAGCGGUUUGCGUGCGUGGCCUGCGGCAAGGCCUUCAGCCAGUGCGUGAACUUCGUGGUGCACCGGCGCACACACACCAGGGAGUGCCCAUAUGCGUGCGAAGACCGCGGCAAGGCCUUCUGCAAGACUUCCUCGCUCACACAGCACACACGCAUGCACACGGGCGAGAGGCCUGGUGCGUGUGGCAACUACGGCCGCGCCUUCCGCCAGAGCAUGCACCUGGUGGUGCAGCGGCGCACGCACAUAGAGGAACAGCCCUACGUGUGCGCGGACUGCGGCCGCGCCUUCCCUCAGAACAUGCACCUCACCGAGCACCGGCGCACGCACACAGGCAAGCGGCCCUUCAACUGCUCGGACUGCGGCCGCGCCUUCCGCAAGCCCUCCUCGCUGGCGGUGCACCGGUGCACACACACGGGCGAGCGCCCCUUCUCCUGCGGGGCUUGCGGCCGCGCCUUCAGCCAGCGCGCCUACCUGCUGCAGCACCGGCCCGCGCACUUGGGCAAGCGGCCCUUCCUGUGCGGCACUGACAAGGCCUUCUGCAAGAGCUCGGCUCUGACGCAGCACCGGCGCACUCACACCGGCAAGAAGCCCUACGAGUGUCCCGAGUGCAGGAAGCGCUUCGCUGGGCGUUCUUCGCUCGUGGUGCACCAGGCUGCUUACACGGGCGAGCGGCCUUUCCACUGCGCCGAGGGCGGCAAGGCCUUCAGACAGAGCGCGUACUUGAUCGAGCACCAGCGCGUCCACACCGGCGAGAAGCCCUUCCGCUGCGCACAGUGCGACCCCAGCUUCCUGAAGAACUUGUCGCUGACGGUGCACCGGCGUGUGCACACCGGGGAGAAGCCCUACGGCUGUGCGCGGUGCGGGAGAGCCUUCAGCAGCGGCACCAACCUCACGCGCCACCUACGGACCCGCGCCUGAGCCUGCGCGGGCUGCCCGGUGCAAGAGCGGCCCCGAGUGCUAGGAAGUGGGCACCGCCUCGCUGGAGCGGGCAUCCCAGGUUCCCACAGCCAAGCCAGCAUAGCUGGAGUCCAGGUGGCCGCUUAGCGGCUGGCAAGCCCAGGUCUGCAGGGCGCAGGGUGGGACUUGGGUGAGCAUGCCCCAGCCCCGAGGGGUGCCACCCCCAGUGGCCCGUGGGGCAGAAGCCACCUGACACUUCAGACCAAACGCUAAAGCCACCAAGUACCCACGUAGUGGUAGAAGUUCGCAAGGUGUUUGGGAGAGGGAAAAUAAAAAAUCAUUUUUAGAGUUA